AUGUUGCGGUUACCUACAUUAGUAAAUUUCCCCUUGAUUUUCUGGAACAAAUACAGAGCGCUGGACGAUGAAGAAGAAGCUGAGGGGCUAUUAAUCUCUAGUGGAGAGGAUAAGACAUCCAUGAAGCAUAGGAAUCACGGAUCAAUUACUCCUCCUGCUCCCCCGCCGGUGAUCAAUGCGAUGUCAUUUGCCUAUCCAAACACAAUUGAUACCUUCUCCCGGGAGAGAAGCUUGCACUACUAUGAGAGAUAUGGAGAAAUUCAGCAGGAAUUGCAAGCUAUCUCCAGGUUUGCUCUGCCAUUGAUCGUUACCUUCCUGUUGGGCGUUGGAAACAAGGUAGUUGAUGUCUGGUUUUUAGGAAAAGUUGGAUCAGAGGCCAUGGCAGCCGCAAGUUUGGGCAAUCUUUUCACUACGGUAGCAGGCUUAUCUGUUGGUAUGGGCAUUUUAACAGCGAUCGACACUCUUGUGGCUCAAGCUUUCACAGGAGCAAGUAACCCUCAUACUGUAGGCAUCAUAUUGCAAAGAGCAUUGGCAAUCAUGUACAUAUUUGGUGCUGUUAUUACAGCAAUAUGGUGCUAUUCGGAACGAAUUCUCCUUUCCAUGGGUCAAUCACCUGAACUGGCUAGAAAGACGCAUGAAUAUAUCCUCAUUUUUAUACCCAAUAUAUUCUCGGUCUUUACCAUUGUCGCAUUAAGAAAAUUUUUGCAGGGCCUGGGUGAGAUGAAGGUUACCAUGUAUCUCAUCAUGCUUUUAUUCCCCAUCAACAUUGUGUCCAACUACUUUUUCCUCAUUUAUAUGCAGAUGGGCAUUGCUGGUGCGGCAUAUCAUAAUGUCUUUAUCACAACUGUCUUGCUGUCAGUCUAUAUUCUGUUUAUCUUUAUCUGUACCGACGCUAAAAAGUUCUGGCCGGGAUUCACAAAGCAAGCAUUUUGCCAUUGGGGUGAAUUUCUGAAACUAGGUAUUCCUGGGAUGCUGAGUGUCUCUGUGGACUGGGCCUUUGAAGUGUGUGCUAUCAUCACAGGUGUCCUGGGUCAAACAAGUUUAGCCGCACAAUCAGUUGUUAUCAGUUGCAUCUCGCUCUUCCUCAUGAUACCAAGCGCACUUACCACUGCUCUGGUGGUUCGACUGGGGCAUCAUCUAGGCGCCAAUCAACCCAAAAAGACGAGAUUGUGUGUCAUGUUAGCUAGUACUGUUGGGCUUGUGUUUGUUUUUAUCGACUCAGUCUUGCUGUAUGUGAACCGAUCAACUAUUGCAAACACAUUUAGCAAAGAUGAUCAAGUCGUUGAUGCCGUGAUUGAGCUGUUGGGUGUUGGCAGUCUUGCUCAUUUCGCCAUGGGCUUUGGCAUCGUACUCUCUGGUACACUCAAUGCCUUUGGCAAGCAGCAUAUUGUGGCAUGCUUUAAUAUAGUGUCAUACUAUGCUAUUGGCUUACCAAUUGGCCUUUAUCUGACAUCAGAACGCGGUUGGGGCUUAAUUGGCGUUUGGUUUGGUGUUGUCAUUGCGGGUUUACUCAAGUCAACAGCAGAAGCCAUUACAAUCAUAUUCUUUAUCGAUUGGAAAAAGGAGUGUAUCAUAGCUGCCAAGCGUAUUAAUAAACAAGAAAUCUAG